AUGCAGUCAGACACCAAUAACUCGCCUCUCUCGUGGGAGGAGCUUCGCAGCGGUGCGGCAAGUUCUGAUGCGAAUAGCUCGCCUCCAGAGCCCAUUGCCAUCAUCGGCAUGAGCUGUCGACUGUCGGGGAGUGCCCAAGACCCCUCCAGCCUUUGGGAAAUGCUCACUUCUGGCCGGACGGCAUGGACUCCAGGACCUGGCCAGCGCUUCAACAUGGAAGCGUUUCAAAGUUCAUCAGCAGACACGUUUGGCAUGACCAAUACCGGUGGCGGUCACUUUCUGAAAGAAGACGUGGCUGCCUUUGACGCUGCCUUUUUUGGCAUCCACGCCGUGGAAGCAAAGGCCAUCGAUCCCCAACACCGCCUUCUUCUAGAAAUCGCUUACGAGUGCUUCGACAACUCGGGGCUCAACAUGGACUCAUUAUGGGGUUCAAACACGGGUGUCUACGUCGGCCAAUGGGCCAAUGACUAUCACGAGAUCCAGACACGCGACAUUGACGCCCCGCCUCUCUACCUUACCACCGGCACCGGUCCGGCCAUUUCCUCCAACCGCAUAUCCUACUUCUUCAACUUGCGCGGGCCUAGCUUCACCGUCGACACCGGGUGCUCCUCUGGCUUCGUCGCUCUCCACCAAGCCGUACAGAGCCUGCGGAGCGGCGAGACCUCGCAAUGUUUCGUCGGCGGGGUCAAUCUGAUGCUGGACCCCCAGCGCUUUGUGUACCAAAGUAAGCUCAAAAUGUUUUCUAAUGAAGGUCGCUCUUUUGCCUUUGACUCGCGCGCCAACGGAUACGGCCGCGGAGAGGGCUGCACGGCCGUGAUGCUGAAACCGCUCUCGGCUGCGCUGCGGGACGGUGACCAGAUCCGAGCCGUGAUUCGGAACUCGGUCCUAAAUCAAGAUGGUAGAACGGCGGGAAUUACCGUGCCCAGCCCGGAAGCGCAAGAGGAAGCCAUCCUGAAGGCCUACGGAGACGCCAUGCUCGAGCUCCGCGCCGACUAUGUGGAGGCGCACGGCACGGGGACGAAGGUAGGCGAUCCCAAGGAAGCGGGCGCGAUUGCCGCAGCACUGGCACGCGGAAAUAGUCCAGGGGCUGCGCUCCCGAUCGGCUCGAUCAAGGCCAAUAUCGGGCACACUGAAAGUGCGGCAGGCCUGGCAGGGUUGAUCAAGGCUGUACUCAUGUUGGAGCAUGGCAUCAUCCCACCGCAAGCAAACUAUGAGUCCCCCAACCCGGAUCUUUGUCUGGAAGAGCGAGGUCUACGCGUCCCUACCCAGCUGGAACGCCGAACGCUGCGCAGAAUAUCAGUCAACAGUUUCGGUUACGGCGGCACCAAUGCUCACGUGGUGGUUGAUGCAUCCGCCGACGCAUUAUGUGCUUUGUCCAGUCUUGGGCGGCAUACCUCGGCCCAGCGUGUCUUUUUCAUCAGCGGAGCGAGUGAAAAGGCGUGCCAGAGGAUCUGCGCAAGAUUGGCCAAGUAUCUCGCGAGAAAAUCAGCUUGGCCAGAGACAGACACGCCAGAGCUUCUGGCCAAACUUGCUUAUACCCUCUCAAAAAAGUCCAUCCACCCAUACCGCCUGGCCCUGGUCGCCCAAGACAUUAAUGAACUGGUUCAGCAGCUUAUCUCGGCAGCAUAUUCACCAGUCGCUCGUCAAGACAGAAAGGGCGACACCAGGAUUGGUCUGGUUUUCAGUGGACAGGGGUCUCAGUAUGCCGAAAUGGGUCGUGAGUUGUUGUCAAGCUCGGCAGUCUUUUCUCGAUCAAUCGAUCGAGCCUGCCAGCAUCUCACUGAACUUGGCAGCGGUUGGAACAUGAGAGAAGAGCUUUGCAGGCCUCAGGAGACGACGCGUAUCAACGAACCUGCGCUCUCUCAGCCGCUGACGACGGCGAUUCAACUUGCCCUGGUUGACCUGCUGUUCGAUCUCAAAAUAUCUGUCAGUGCAGUUGUUGGACACUCUAGCGGAGAGAUUGCGGCGGCGUAUGCUGCAGAAGCAAUCUCUUUCGAGGACGCCAUGACUGCAUCAUACUAUCGCGGUUCACUGACCAGCUCGCUGGUUGUCGGCAACCCGGAGUGCGACGGAGCCAUGCUUGCCGUCGGUGCGGAUGCGGAUGUUGUGAACCAACGGAUCAGUGAGGUUGGAGAUGCGCACGGGCGCAUGAGAAUCGCUUGCUUCAACAGUCCCAGCAGCGUGACUGUUUCUGGCGACGCCAAAGCUGUCAAUGAGUUGAGGAAACUCCUCGUUGCUGAGGGCACGUUCAACCGGAUGCUACCAACAAAUGGUGCCGCUUAUCACUCUCACCAAAUGGAAUCCAUGAACAAGGAGUACACGUUGUCGCUGCAAAAGAAAUUGUCUCCCAAGAAGAAGACUUCCAUCUCCGCGGCGCGGAUAUUCAGCAGUGUCACUGGAAAGGAAAACGACCUGCAAACGCCACUGGACGGGGUGUACUGGGCUGCGAAUCUGCUCAGUCCGGUGCUUUUCUCGCAAGCACUCCGUGAAAUGUGCGAGGCAAAGUACGAUGGCAAAGCGCUGGACAUGAUUAUCGAAGUCGGUCCACACUCUCAACUUGGAGGAGCAGUCAAGCAGACUGUCAAGGCCCUGAAGUCAAGCAGCGGCAUUGCAUACACGAGCGUGCUGAAAAAAGGAAAGAAAGCUCGACAAGCGUUUCUGGAAUGCCUCGGCGCCUUGCAUGUUUGCACAGCCACAGUGGACCUGAAUGCCAGCAAUGGGUUUAGCGCCACACAUGCGCCGAAGCUCCUCGUUGACCUUCCUCCUUAUCCGUUUGAUCAUGAGCGCAGCUUCUGGCACGAGACGCGCAUCUCCAAAGACUACAGACAUCGCAAGCACGCACCUCACGAGCUCCUCGGCACCUUUGCACAUGAUACAAAUCGUGUCGAGCCGCGAUGGCGCCAGUUCCUCAGCCUCAAACAGACCCCAUGGCUCAAGAGCCACGCCGUUCAAGGGCAGAUUGUCUUCCCUGGUGCUGGCUUCUUAACCAUGGCCAUUCAAGCCAUGCUUCAGCACAUGCACGCGACAAGUCCGCUUGUCAAAGUACACAGUCUCUUGCUGCGCAACGUCAGCCUCAGCAGAGCCCUCGUGCUACCCGCUGAUGGGCCUGAUGUUGAAAUCACCUUGACCCUGCGCCCGGAAUCGCACACGGCAAAGAGCUCUUCAGCCGUCUGGAGCGAGUUUCGCAUUUUUACUGUGACAUCGGAGAGUGUCUGGACCGAACACUGCCGGGGCUUGGUUCAUGCUGAGACACAGGCCGCAGACGUGGACGAGAUCGCAGCAGACGUGAAAGAUACCCUUGAGGCUGGCGAGACAUGCGUCCAUGAGGUGACUCCCCAAAAGUUAUACCACCUGGGCAGCGAAAUUGGGCUUGACUGGCAGCAUCCGUUUAAUAACGUGUCUAACAUCCGUACCAGUCGGGAUGCGUGCGUCGCCGUCGCUCGCAAAACGGUUUUGGACUCCGACGUCGGCGGCAUGGGUGACAUCCUGCAUCCAACUGUGCUGGAUUCUUGCCUGUUCCACGGUCUUUCCGCCGUCCUUGUACUUGAGCGUGGUUCCACGUCGACAUUUGUACCCAACUUUAUCGAGCAGCUACAGAUCUUCAACAGGACGCCAGACUCGAGCGCUGAGCUGCUAAGCACCUCCAAGCUUAGCCGAGACACCUCUACUUGCGAUGUUGUCGUUCAGGAAAAGGGAUGCAGUCCUGGCCAAGCAGUCAUUUUCGCAGCCAAAGGUGUACAUACAACGACUCUCCCAGGCGAUACAGGACUGAACGAGGUGAUUGACGACAUCUGUCACAGCCAAGACUGGGUCACGUACGUCGACGCCUGGACGCCCGAACACUGCGAUCGGUUUGUCCAGAAAGCUGUCAAGGAGGUAGACCCGGAGCGUGUGCCAGACGGACCACGUCGGCAGUUCUUCGAGUGGAUGAAAAUCUACGCAGAAACGCCACUGGACGAGCAGACUCUUCCACCAGCCUCGAUCAGCGCUGAUCAUUGGGCCUUUUACGAGGGCGUCAAGAGACUGGGGCCGCACUUGGCCGACAUUCUCGUCGAAAAGACGGACCCGCUUGCUCUUCUGACGCCAGACAACCUGCUCGGCCAACUGUACAAUACGGAGCGUUGCCGACGGUGUAUUGUACAGAUGGCCGAGUACUGCCACGCACUGGGCCAGCAAUCGCCGGGGCUCAAAGUUCUCGAAGUCGGCGCGGGAACAGCAUCAGCCACAUUGCCGGCCAUUGAGGCUCUCAACGGCCGCGGUAGCAUCAAUGCGCACAGCUACACCUUUACCGAUCUGUCACCCGCCUUUUUCGACCCGGCCAAGGAACGGCUCGGCAGUUUUGCGGACGCGGUCAAGUUUGACAUUUUGGAUAUUGAGCGCUGCCCGCUAGAGCAGGGCUUCCAAGAGGCAGGCUACGACCUCAUCAUCGCAAGCAACGUCAUUCACGCGACACAGCGCAUCGAUGCGGUCCUGGCCAAUAUCAAGAAACUGCUCAAGCCUGGUGGCAAGUUUAUGCUGAUGGAGCUGACCGUGCCGACGCCGCAUUACAAUUUGCUGUUUGGUGUCUUCAAGGGUUGGUGGGCCGGAUAUGACGAAGGUCGUCAAUUGUCGCCGUUAAUACCGCCGUCGGAAUGGGUCACACGAUUGACUCGUGCCAAGUUUUCUCCUGCCGAGCUGUGGUUCCAGGAUUAUCCGGAAGAGAAUGGAGGCACCAUCAGUGUCCUCAUAGCCAGUGCGCCGUGGGAUGUGGCCCAGGUUGAGCUCCCCGCCAUUGACGUUGUCACGACCGAGUACAGCGCACUGGAGUCUGGCGAUGAAGCAGUCUUGAGGACUCUUUCUUCGAGUGAAGAACUCCUCAACACGAACAUUUCCGUUGGGUGUCUUUCGGAUAUCUCGUCAAAGGACAAUAUUGUCAUUAUUCUGCCAGAAGUGGCUAGAUACUUGUGUCAAAGUCUUCAUGGAUCUGCAUGGGAGCGAUUUAAGCACUUGGUUCUCAAUGCGCGCGCCGUGUUGCUCGUCGGCUGUAGUAGCUCCUACUGCUCCGAUUUCGUCAGCGGAGGAAUCUGGCUUGGUUUCGCACGCUGCUUGCGCCUGGAACUCCCCAGAUUGCGUGUCAUCACAUUAGAUCUCGCCGUCGAGCGCGCUCUCAUGAUGAAGAGACUGACAAGUGUGCUUCCUACACUCAUGCGCUCCAUCAAGCAGGGCCUCGCCCUUGACGGCCGCGUAGAGGUCGAAAAUGAGUUCCGUGAAAGUGAUGGCCAGCUUUACGUCUCCCGCCUCGUCUCCAACGACAAAAUGAGCGAGUACGUGCACCGCAGCAGGCAGCGCGCACAGCCCAAGCUCCUCUCCUUUAUGGAUCCGCAGCGCCCCAUGACAGCUGAGCUCCGCGUUCCAGGUCUGUUGGAAAGCAUCCGAUGGAAAGACGAUGUCAAAGCGACCGCCGUCGGCCCUGACGAGGUGAAGCUGGAACUGCGCGCCGCGAGCAUCAACUUCAAGGAUGUGCUCAUCGCCGCCGGGCAGCUGGAGGGCAUCAAUGAGAUGCGCAACGAUUGCAGCGGCGUCGUUAUUGAAGUUGGUUCCAAUAUGUGUGACCGUUUCAAAGCCGGCGAUCGUGUUUGCGCUCUAUACUCGCGAUCGUACACCAACUACCCCGUGGUGCACGGCGACUGCUGCCAGGUUGUUCCGGACAGCAUGACCUAUGAGGAGGCUACUGCCUUACCUGUCGUGUGGACAACUGUGUACUACUCUCUCGUGGAUGCGGGCCGCUUGGAACAGGGCGACAAGAUCCUCAUUCACUCGGCCGCCGGUGCUGUGGGUCAAGCCGCCAUUAUGCUCGCCAAGCAUAUCGGGGCCGAAGUUUUUGCCACCGUGGGCAACAGCGAGAAGCAAACGCUGCUUCGUGAGCGAUACGGCAUCGCAGACGACCACAUCUUUUCCAGCCGAACUCCUGCGUUUCAUGACAAGAUUAAGCGCUUGACUGGCGGCUAUGGUGUCGAUGUCGUCCUCAACUCGCUCGCCGGCGAUCAAUUCCGGCACUCGUGCAACCUCGUGGCUCCCUUUGGCCGAUUCGUUGAGAUUGGUCGCAAAGAUCUCAUGGACGAUGCGCGCAUGUCCAUGGGCUUUCUGCUCAAGAACGUCACCUUUGCAUAUGUCGAUCUCAGCUUGAUCAUGGAGGUCAAGAGGCCGCUCGCCAGACGUCUUCUGCGAGAGGUUGUAAAUCUGGCCGCGUCGGGUGCCAUACGGCCCGUCACACUUACCACGCUGCCAAUCACGGAGAUCGAAACAGCGUUCAGGAUGAUUCAAGCUGGAAAGCACACUGGCAAGAUUGUUCUUCGAGUGGCACAGGACCAGAUAGUCAAGGCCGAUCCACCUGCCCCUGCCCACGCAGAAUUGAAGCCGAAUGCUACAUAUCUAUUGGUUGGAGGCUUUGGAGGUCUCGGACGCGCGGUUAUUACGUGGAUGGGAAGUCGGGGUGCAAAGAACAUAUUGGUCAUCUCCCGGUCAGGCUCUCCGGACAAGCAAGGCCAGAUCCUGAUCAAGGAUAUGGAAGCUAUGGGCGUCAAAGUCGUCGCUGAAAAGUGCGACGUGACGGCUGAAGAUGAGGUGGCAUCUCUGUCCAAAUUAGCCGCCGACCGUGGUCUACCGCCCAUCCGGGGUGUUAUCCACUCGGCCAUGGUACUACAGGACUCUGUUUUGGAGGAAAUGACAGCCGAUGAGUGGUGCCGAGCGCUCGCUCCCAAAUAUGCCGGCUCCCUCAACCUACACCGGAGCUUUGGCAACGAGGUUGACUUUUUCAUCUUCAUGUCGUCGGCUGUUGCGCUGCGCGGCAACGUUGGGCAGUCCAACUACGCCGCCGCCUGUAGCUUCCAAGACGCGCUGGCGCGCUACCGCACCGCCGCCGGGCUGCCGGCCUUUUCCAUCAACGUCGGCCCCGUGCGCGAGGUCGGCUUCGUGAGCGAGAACCCGCAGGUGGCGGCGGCGCUGCGCAAGCAAGGGCUCGGCACCAUUAGCAUGGCCGACCUGCUGACCCUGCUCAACUACGCCGUGGUGCACCGCAAUCCCGAGGAGAGCGUCUGCUCCAUCGGCAUGCUGCCGCGGGACACGGACGAGAGUCUGACGGACCGCCGGUUUGCGCACCUGGUGCGCCACGACGUCGUGAGCCAGACGGCAGACGCGGGCGGCGUCCAGUUUGCGGAUAUUCCGCGACUGCUGGAUGGUGCGGCGCCGGGGGCGCAACUACUUGAGAAUAUCAGCCAGCUGGUGCUGAUGCAGCUGAGCAAGCUGAUUGCGAGCCCGGUCGAGACGCUCAGCGCGGCGCAGAGUCUGGAUAGCUACGGGGUUGAUUCGCUGGUGGCUGUGGAGUUGAGAAACUGGGUGGGCGCGUAUUUGCAGGCGAACGUGCCGCUGAUGGUGCUGAGGGGGACGAGCAGUAUUCAUGAACUGGCCAAAAUUAUUGCCAAGGAGUCGCGGCGGCCGUCGACGCUGCUGUGGCGCAGUACACUGCUUUACUCAUAUCCCGACUUGGACAAAUUGCAACACGAUAUGCCGGCCCAAAUAAGCUGGCCGGCGAAUUCAUAA